GAAUCCCAAUCGAUACACCGGAUCCGCGUAGCGGAACCAAACCAUAAAUUCGAUUUCAUCUAUUUGGGUAUCCUAGCCUAAUCAGUAUACGGAGCGCAAUGCGAAAUUGACCCCGUAAAAAAUGUCGUAUAAAACUGCACCCAUACAAUUAAAGUGUCAUUGAAUAGUGAUUUUUCAAUCGGUGAACAACGAUGUGGAGGCUCGUGGCGGUUUUAGCUGUUAUAGGGACGAUAGGGGCGCAAGACUUUGGUCCCCGUUCCGGAGACGAACUCGUCUCCAAAGUGUUGGGCACGUGCGGAGAUAUGAUGUGCGUCAAACGGAACGUUCUGGAAUACCUGGAUAACGUUUUGGAUAUCCAGAGCGAUGCCAGAAACGCGAAGAACAUCGACGCCGCCAUAUUUAAAAGGGCCGCCAGAGUUUUGCAAACUCAGGAGUUCAGGUUGAGGGUACCGCACGCCAUUGCAGAUAGUACGGACAUUGUGUACAAUCCCGUCACCGGACUGGAUGUCGCCGUAGAUGGAAAUGCUAACGAAUCACGUGGACUUUUGAAGAAGAAACUUUUGCUGCCGUUCCUGUUGCUGUUGAAGUUGAAAAUGAAACUGCUUAUGCCCAUAUUCGUUGCUCUCGCCAGUUUGAAAGCGAUGAAGGCUCUGAUUUUGUCAAAACUGGCGAUCGUUCUAGUAUUAGGGUUCAUCAUUUACCAGCUCUGCGCGAAAUCCGGAAUGCCGAUGCCUAUGAUGACUAUGGCACCAGCUGAGCCUCCAAAUCCACUCUACGGACCACCCGCUCCGACUACUGCACCACCAAGUUCGUACGAACCUUCCGGAUGGGAACCCAAUAGUGGAGGACCGUACUCCAGGAUCUGGACCGGAUCCAAUAGCGACGCCCAAAGUUUGGCUUAUUCCGCGUAUUAUCCGGGAUCUUCUACGGUGGGUUCAUCUACUAGUCGGCCGUAACUGGAAAUAAUACGACUGAGUGCUGUUAAAGAUUUA